AUGGCGACUAGAUAUGGGCGUCCAAUCACUUAUUUUCCUCAAUCGUCCAAGGUCAACCGUGAUUCCGCGACAGCAUCAAAGGACCCAAAUUUGAUUCUUAGAAGUGUCCCUUUCUCUUCCUCCGAUCCGCCUGCCCCAAAGUUUGGCACUCAACCACCCGACCGAGUCUCUGGCUCUCAACCCGUGCCGACGUUACACACGGACAUAUGGAAGACUUUUACUUACAUAGCCGACAUUAAAUUGGGUCAGAAGCGACGACUGCAGGUGGUGGGAGACGACACACGUCGGGUCCGCUUGCUCGUCGAACCAAUCAGUGAAGACAUGGCCGAGCGUCUCCGAUCGGACGCUAUUGAUCUCCGUCUUUCGGAGACAGACUUCCUGAUAUGUCGACAAAUUCAUGAAUUUGGCGGUCGCAACUUCGCCGUAUACCCCCAUAUGGAAGUCACCUUGAGCCAGAUCCUCGCGUCAACUUUCUCGGUCAACGUCCGCGUAUUCGACGCUAAGGUAGGCCGUGUAGAUAGCUCUGGCGGUGACAAGACACCACCAUGUCUUGUCUAG